AUGUUGAUGUUGCAUGGUCUAGUGCAUGAUGCUAGAGGUGAACUGGACCAGGCUAAGAAUUAUCAUGAACGAGCACCGGCAAUAGGAGAAAAGCUAUUAGGUCCUGACCAUGUUGAUGCUGUAUCUUUUUAUAACAACCUUGGUGAAGUGUAUCGCGCUAAAGGUGAACUGGACCAGGCUAGGGAUUAUCAUGAACGAGCACUGGCAAAAAGAGGAAACUACUAA